AUGAGGCUGCACUGUGAGGUGGAGGUCCGUAACCAGCACUUACCGGCCUUGGGACUCAAGGCCCGAGGCAAGGGCGUGCGAGCGGUGGUGAGCCUGUGCCAGCCGCCGCGCAGGAGUGCGCUGCAGCCUGGGGCAGGAGCAGGGUCCGACGGCCGAGCCUGCUUGCUGGUCUCCACUAUGAAGGACAGACAGGGAACCCGCUACGAGCUAAGAGAGAACAUUGAGCAGCUCUUCACCAAAUUUGUGGAUGAGGGGAAAGCCACUGUCCGGUUAAAGGAGCCUCCUGUGGAUAUCUGUCUGAGUAAGGCCAAUCCUGGCAUUUUAAAGACUUUCCUUUCAGCUAUAAAACUGGCUCAUAGAGGUUGUGACAUCAACACACCACUUUCAACACCUAAGCCAGUGAAGACUUCAGAAUUUGAAAAUUUUAAAACCAAAAUGGUAAUCACAUCCAAAAGGGAUUAUCCCCUAAGCAAGAACUUUCCGUAUUCUCUGGAACAUCUUCAGGCUUCUUACUGUGGCCUUGUCCGAGUUGAUACGCGUAUGCUUUGUUUAAAAUACCUUAAGAAGUUAGACUUGAGUCACAAUUGUAUAAAAGAGCUUCCAGCUACAAUUGGAGACCUCACCCACCUUCAAGAGCUCAACCUUAAUGACAAUCACUUGGAGUCGUUUAGUGUGCCCCUGUGUCAGUCCACACUCCAGAAGUCACUUCAGAGUUUGGAUCUCAGCAAGAACAAAAUCAAGGCCCUCCCUGUGCAGUUUUGCCAACUCCGGGAACUUACAAAUCUAAACCUCAACGAUAAUGAAUUGAUUCAGUUUCCUUUCAAGAUAGGACGGCUAACAAACCUUCGCUUUCUAUCAGCAGCUCGGAACAAACUUAGAAAUCUACCUUCUGAAUUUAAAAUGUUGUCCCUGGAGUACUUGGAUCUUUUUGGAAAUACUUUUGAAAAACCAGAAGUCCUUCCAAUUAUAAAGCUUCAAGUACCAUUGACUUUACUGGAAUCUUCUGCACAAACCAUACUGUCCAAUAGGAUUCCGUUUGGCCCUCAUAUCAUUCCUUUCCAUCUUUGCCAAGAUUUGGAUACUGCCAAAACCUGUGUCUGUGGAAGAUUUUGUCUACAGUCUUUCAUUCAAGGAACUACCACAAUUAAUCUACACGCUGUGGCCCACACUGUGGUCUUAGUGAAUAAUGUGGGUAGAAUGGAAGCUCCGAUUAUCUCUUACUUUUGUUCUCUAACCUGUUAUGUAAAUUAUUCUGAUAUGUUAAAGUAG